CGAAGCAGUCCGUCGCCGCCCGCUCUUUUCCGCCUUCAACCAGAUUCCACGUCACUACUUCUUCCACCAUGGACGACUGCAUGCAAGCCGCCGCCAACUCUGGCAUGUUCGCACUGUGCUCGGAGCCGACGCUUCGCCAGAUCUGCGCGCGUGCCAAAGCCGUGACGUACCCUAAGAGCGCUGUCGUUUACCGCCAGGGCGAAACUCAGAGCGAGAUGCUGCUACUAAAGGAAGGCAGCGUGGAGACCACCAAGAUCAUCGAGGGCCAAGAGCACACACUCGACGUGAUGACCAGCGGGGCCGUGAGUGCCAACCACGCGCUUGUACAGGACCCAGCGGCCGUGACGGUACGCUGCCUUACGCCCGUGUCGGGCUUCUCGCUGCAGAGCUCUGCGCUUGACGAGGUCCUCGAGGACAGAACUGCCUCGCGCGAGGUCAUGCACAGUCUGAGCAAAGAAAUCCGACGACAGGCCUCACUACUGCACACGCCCCUGUUCGAGCAGCACGCCAAGCCCACCCCCUACUUCGCCACGUCCGUGGCCGCCUCCAUCGAGUCGUUCUAUCGCAGUGGCAUGAACUCGCUGCUGAACGCUCGUCUCACGGGUCAGCCCGUCGCCAGACUCUUCCCUGAGAUGCACCUGCAGAUCCCCACGCGUGUCGUGUACAUUAACGGUUUUAAGGGCAUCCGUCACCUGCUGGAGAAGAACGUGGACGCCGACCAGUACGAAUAUCCGCAGUUAGUGCGUCUGACGGAGGCUGUGUCGCCCGGUAUCAUCAUGACGCCUGUAAGCAGCAUGCUAGAGGCUUUCAACGCUGGACACAUGAACCCAGAGUCGCUGGCCACGCGCUGGAUCCGCGGUACGGCUCCACGUAUGUUGCGUGAGGUGAUUUUCGGUGUUGGUCUGAACCAGCUGUCCGAUUACUUCGAGGAGCGUCUGUCCGUGACGGAGAGCCCCGCGCUGAACAAUGCCAUUGGAAGUAUGGCGGCCGGUGUCGUGUCCGGUUACCUGUCGCACGUACCGCACAACCUGUCCACGAUGAAGCUCAUGCACCCACAGAAGAGCUACGGCGAGCACAUGGACGACUUUAUUCGACGCGCAGAAGUACGCGUGCCCAACACGGUGUCUCCUCGUCAGCGCUACAUGGCAGCCACGGCGCUGGCGCUGCUGUUCCCCAAGGGCCUGACGGUGCGUACUUCGCAGAUCGUGGGCUCGUUCAUUAUCUUGAACGGCACCAUCAACUCUCUCAAGGACAUCGACUUCAACACGAUCAAGGGCUACAUGUCGGGCUAAGUGUCCGAAGACAUGUGACAAGGCGACAAUUAGGUACAGUAGCGACGCAAAAGGAGGGCGCGCACUUCCUCCACUGCAAUUUGGCAAGGCUCCGGUCGGGAAGGUGCGUGCGUGUACAGCUCAGUUCAACUUGACGCAGCCAGGCGAACUA